AUGGAGGAACGUGAAGUAAGACAUUCGGUUACACCAAGGCUAGCUUGGUCUACAGUCAUAGCAUGUCUAGGAACAUUUCAAUUUGGGUUCCAUUUAUCAGUGAUGAACGCACCCCAGAAAUAUAUAACGUGCCAAUAUGAAGACCUCGAGUAUUGGCUGCUGGUAUAUGAAAAGACUGUAUGGGAGAAAUUUGGUUUUCCCCAGUGUAAAGAAGCUUCGACUACGCAAGUUGCAAUGAUCACGGCAUGCUUUACCAUUGGAGGGCUAUUAUCGCUGAUUUUUCUAGGAGUAUUUGGGGUUGCCCAUAGCCAUGGCCGUAAGAAGAUUGCCCUGGUUACUUCGGUGUUAUUCAUGAUUGGAUGUUUGUCAAUAGCCAUGAGUACUAAUUUACUAGUUAUAGAUGUUGGACGAUUAUUGACUGGGAUUGCUGCCGGAGGAUCGGUUAUUGCCAAUCCAAUUUGGAUUCUGGAGCUAACCCCCAAUAACCACCGGGGGUUAUUAGGAAGCUUAGUUCAAUUGGCGGUUGCAAUUGGGAUCUUGAGUGCUCAAGUGGUAUCGAUUUUUUGGGCAAAUCCUAUCCAAUGGAGGAUGGUGUUCGUAUUUGGUGCUGGUAUUGCAUUAAUUCAAGGAAUUGCGUUGGUCAGCAGUAUUGAAUCACCCAAAUGGCUAGUGAUCCAUAAAGGAGAUUUACCGCAGGCUACUGAAAUCAUGAGUUCCAUUAGAAGUGAAACCCAUACAAUUGACCUGGAAAUUAGCUCCUGGAUGGAAGAUGAGCCAAACGAAUCAACCCGACUUAUUAAAACCCAACCGGUGACUAUGACUGAUUUUCUUUGCAAACAAAAACUCCGUAAGGAAAUGUUUAGUGUAUUGGUCCUUUUAACUGGCCAACAACUCUGUGGAAUGAACGCAAUCACUUUUUACGGUGUUUCAAUUCUUACCCUGCAUGCCUCGUUCAAUGUUCUAUACAUCACCACCAGUUUGGCUGCUUGCAAUGCCUUGGUUCUGUUACUUAUAUCUCCUCUAGUGGAUAGACUUGGCCGGAAACCAUUAUUGAUUGCAUCUUUGGCUGUAAUGAGCUUGAGUGCCAUGCUAAUGGCCUGGUCCAUCACAUCCAAUCGAGAUAUCAUCAUUGGCCUAGCCUGUUUCAGCUUUGUGACGGGUUAUUCUAUUGGAAUCGGCCCAUUACCCUUUAUGAUGAUACCUGAAUUGACCAGCGUAGACACCGUUGGUGUUGCCCAACUGUUUGGCUCUGCAAGCAAUUGGUUGGCCAACAUCUUGGUGGCUUUCUUGGUCCCGCUUGGUCAAAAAUACUACGGAAGCGAAGCUUGUUUCGCAGCCUUUGCCAUCAUUUGUAUCAUCUACUUGUUGACAGUUCUACAAAUUGGCAGCCAUUGGCCGUAG